AUGUGCCUUCAAACGCUAUCUGGCAGCAAGAACAACGGUGGCGUGUGGAGUACCUGGAAGCACCUGUCUGGCAGUAGUCCUCAGAAUGCAUCCCAGACGGAACUGGUCAAAUCCAACCGCGAAUUUACUGACACAGUUAACCAGUACACCACCUUUUCUACUUUUGAAGAACAUAGCCAUACUGCCAACACUAUGUGUGAUGCUAUGAGCAAGCAGUUUAUCGAACGGAAAGCUGGAAAAGCGGAUGGUCCUGAUCUUCCCUCAUCCAUAUUGCUCAAACUUCGCUGA